AUGUGGGUCAUCACCGUCCUCUCUGCGGCCUGUCUGCUGGUCAGUCCAUCCCUGGCUGGGAUCAAAGAGCUAACCUCUCACUUCACUGACCCUGAACUGGUCCCUCGAGGCCUAGAACCAGGGGGGGCCGUGGAUAUAGAGUCCAUCCCCUUGGAGUUCCACAAAGAAAACACCGUCACUAAUGACCUAGUUUUUGAUGGCUUUGAGGAUGAAGACUAUUUAGAUUUUGAUAAGAUCCUGGCUGCGGGCAGUGACGACUACAUUGAAGGGGACGAGAUAGACGAGAUCGCCACACCAGCCCCAGACAUCGACAUCUUUGCUGAACCCUCCGACCCGAAGAUCCGGCGUGCCAGACUCCUGCGCCUGUUCCACGGUCGCUCUCGCCUCCAACGCCUCAACAUUGUUAAUGCCCAUUUCGGUUUCAACCUCUAUCGAAGUCUUCGUAACGACGUCAACCAGAGUGACAACAUCCUGCUCGCACCUGCUGGGAUCUCCAUCGCUAUGGGGAUGAUGUCUUUAGGAGCAGGACCUGGAACCCAUGAUCAAAUCUACAAGGCUCUGGGGUUCGCUGAGUUUGUCAAUGCUAGCAAUCACUAUGACAACACGACAGUACACAAGCUCUUCAGGAAGCUAACGCACAGGCUCUUUAGGAGGAACUUUGGUUACACGCUACGCUCUGUGAACGAUGUCUACGUAAAGAGGGAAGUGGCGAUGAAAGAUACUUUCCGUGCGGAGACAAAGGCUUAUUAUUUUGCAGAGCCGCAGUCAGUGGACUUCAGGGACCCGGCCUUUCUGGACAAGGCCAACCGUCGCAUCCUAAAGCUGACCAAAGGGCUGAUCAAGGAACCGCUCAAGACUGUGGACCCAAACAUGGUGCUGAUGCUACUCAACUACCUGUACUUCAAAGGUACAUGGGAACAGAAAUUCCCCAAAGAAAUGACUCACUAUCGCAACUUCAGAGUUAACGAAAAGACAAACGUGCGCGUGCCAAUGAUGACCAACAAGGGGAACUAUCUGGCUGCUGCCGACCACGAACUAGAGUGUGACAUCCUCCAGCUCCCUUACACAGGGAAAAUCAGCAUGCUCAUUGCCUUGCCUCAGAAAAUCACUGGCAUGAGGACUUUGGAGCAGGAGAUCUCUCCCACUGUUGUCAGCAAGUGGCUCAAAAACAUGACAAACAGGACUCGAGAGGUGGCGUUACCUCGGUUUAAACUGGAGCAGAACUAUGACUUGAUUGCAAAUUUGAAGGAGAUGGGCCUCACUGACUUGUUCCAGGAGACUGGAGAUUUCUCUGGAAUGACCUCUGAAAAGGUCUCCAUGAACUGGCUGAAGCACCAGGGAACCAUCACUGUGAAUGAAGAGGGGACUGAGGCUGCUGCUCUGACCCAGAUGGGCUUCAUGCCCCUCUCCUCUCAGAUCCGCUUCAUUGUAGACCGUCCCUUCCUCUUCCUGAUCUACGAGCACCGCACAGACUGCCUUGUGUUCAUGGGCCGGGUGGUCAAUCCUUCACAGAACUAA